ACUCCCCUCAGGUCCAGAGCCCCACGCGGCACAAUAAAGAUGGCCAGGUAUCCUCGACUCGCCCUAUUCCCCUUAACUCAUUCUUUAUACCUUUCUCCAGCUCCAGGUUGAGCACUUUUGGACAGUAGACCUUCAUAAUCGACCCUCAUCCCUAAUCGCUUCACCGCUACCUACGCGCCGCACCACUGCGCCCACUGUCCCCUCAGCCAUUCCACCCUCCUCUCCGACACAGUUGCCUACAUUCGCACAUUCACCUACCAUGGAGCCGAGAGAAUCCAAACUCCGCCCAAUUCCCGCCCAAUUCCCCAAAUCCUUCACCAAACCCGACGAACCAUGGCAUCACUACCUCACCCUCGACCUCAUUGUCUACGUUCUCAGCUACACCCUGUUCCACCCCUGGACGUGCUGGAUCCUCGUCCUCUGCCUACGCGCGCAAUAUACUCCGUACGGGAACAUUGAGAUGCGGAUCGCCAUGGCCUGGGCGAUGCUCAUGUCUGGCAUUGGCAUUUUUGGGAUCUUCAGCGACAGGUUCGCAUACGGUAGACCGAGGGAGGUGGAUUUGAGCGAAGAGGUCAUCGUGAUUACUGGGGGCGUGGAGGGCUUGGGCGGGCUACUGGCGGAUACGUAUGGGAUGAGGCAUGCGAAUGUUGCGGUGUUAGAUACGAAGAAGGUAUCGGAUGAGGAGUCCGAGGAGAGGGGCGUGCUGUUUUAUCAGUGUGAUGUCGGAGAUGCAGAGCAGGUGGAGAGAGUUGCGAGGGAGAUUGUCGAGGAUCUGGGUCCUCCUACCAUUCUCAUUAACAACGCAGGCAUCGUCCGCCCAAAGUCCAUCCUCGAUACCACCGCCUCCGACGUGGAGCAAGUCUUCCGCACAAACACCCUCUCCCACUUUCACACCCUCCGCACAUUCCUCCCCCACAUGCUGGAGUCCCGCCGCGGCACUAUUGUCACCAUCUCAUCCGUCCUCGGUCACUUAGGCGCCGCCCACCUCUCCUCCUACGCCGCCUCCAAAGCCGCCCUACACGCCCUGCACCACUCCCUCCGCGCUGAACUCGCCCAGCACCCGCACGGCGCGGACAUCAAAACGAUUCUCGUGUCCCCGGGCCAAAUGAGCACAAAGAUGUUCGAGGGCGUCAAGACGCCGUCGAAUUUCCUGGCCCCCGUGAUCGCGCCGACGGAUGUAGCGAAGGAGAUUUUGAGGCUGGUGGAGAGGGGCGAGAGCGGGGAGGUGGUGAUGCCGUUGUAUGCGAGGUGGAUUUCUGUGUUUGGCGUGUUGCCUGCUGGAGUGCAGAAGGUGGUGAGGAGGUUGAGUGGGGUAGAUACGGCGAUUCAGAGAGCAGGACUCGUGAAGGAAAAGAUGGUGGCGGCGGAGAAGAGUGGUUAGAGCUUGGUUGAUACCCUUGUGUUUACCUACAUUGAGCCGGAGUUGUUGUACUUUGUAGCGUAUAGAUAAGUCUGUCUUAGUAUACAUGUCUUCUUCUAAGCGUGGUACUGCCAUCGCUGGUGUUUCCG